AGCUAGAUAGCUAUAGGCUGCAUGGGUCGUCUAGCUCUCUCCACCGUCAAUCUCCUCGUCUCACAUAUAUCCCCAAACAUUCGGCUUCUAGCGAGCACCCGCAUUCAACAUCACGAGAGCUCUCGAGACUCUUGUGUUGGUGAUCAGCUAGCUCCCUUCAUUCGCCCUGCCUCUUUUCCCCCAGGAGCGUGACCUGAUCACAAAUCCCGCCCAUCAUCAGCGCUCGCCAGUACCCAAAUCUUGAGAAGGACGCGAAGCGCAGCGGACAUUUUGCUGCUCUGCUUGUAUAGCUUUGACACUGCUCGAAAAGGCGCUGCUUCCUCAGCUUGAAGUAAGCAGGCCGUAGUACAUCAGCAUGUACCGGCCGCUGCAGCGUCUCGCUGCCAGUCAGCGCGACGUUAGCAGAUCUUUCACAGUCGGCAAUGUUGCCAGAGUCGCUUCCAGCCGCGCGUCGGUGAUGCGAGUCUCUGGCUUCGCUGCACACAGAUCACUUCACUCUUCCUCGAAUCGCUUCUCGCCCGCUGCAACAGCUCCCAAAGCGGCCCAUCAUGCGGAAGAGAUGCAACCCAUCGCAACUGGCUUGCAGCGCUGGACCAGCUACCUACCCAAGGUGGAGAGAAGCGAUGUGAAGAAGGUGCUGCUGGUCGGAUCGGGGGGUCUCAGUAUCGGUCAAGCCGGAGAAUUCGACUACUCGGGAUCUCAGGCUAUCAAAGCUUUGCGCGAAUCUGGCAUCGAGACGAUCCUCAUCAACCCCAACAUUGCAACGAUCCAAACUAGUCACACGCACGCAUCUCAAGUCUACUUCCUGCCCAUUUCACCAGACUAUGUCGCUUAUGUGCUGGAAAAGGAAAGACCGGAUGGUGUGCUGCUUACUUUCGGAGGUCAGAGUGCCCUCAAUGUCGGUGUCAAGCUGGAUGAGAUGGGUGUCUUUGAGCGGCUGGGCGUAAAGGUGCUUGGCUCUCAGGUCGACGUUCUGCGCAUGUGCGAGGACAGAGAUCUUUUCGUGCAAGCUCUUGAUCAGAUCAAUAUCCCCGUGGCCAAGUCAGAGGCUGUCUCUUCUGUGCCAGCCGCCCUCAAGGCUGCUGAGAAGAUUGGCUAUCCCGUUAUUGUCCGUGCUGCGUACGCACUGGGAGGUCUUGGAUCAGGCUUCGCGGACAACGAGGACGAGCUUCGGGACUUGUGCGCUCGAUCGCUCAGCUUGAGCCCGCAAAUUCUGGUAGAGAAGAGCUUGAAAGGCUGGAAGGAGAGCGAAUACGAAGUUCUGAGGGAUCAGGAGGACAAUGCCAUCAUAUGCUGCAACAUGGAGAACUUUGAUCCGCUCGGCAUCCACACUGGUGAUUCGAUUGUCGUUGCGCCUUCUCAAACAUUGUCAGACGACAACUACCACAUGCUCCGAUCAGCUGCAUUAAAGGUGAUCAGGCAUCUUGGCAUUGUCGGCGAAUGCAACAUUCAGUAUGCCCUUGACCCUAACUCUAGAGACUACCGCGUGAUCGAAGUCAACCCUCGUCUGAGUCGUUCAAGUGCACUUGCUUCCAAAGCAACAGGAUACCCUCUUGCGUACACUGCAGCUAAGCUCGCGCUCGGUCACACUCUUCCCGAGCUGCCCAACGCUGUCACAAAGACGACGACCGCCUGCUUUGAGCCUUCGUUGGACUACAUCGUGACAAAGAUUCCUAAAUGGGAUCUGUCAAAGUUCCAGCACGUCAACCGGGAGGUCGGAUCCAGCAUGAAAUCUGUUGGUGAGGUCAUGGCGAUCGGAAGAACCUUUGAGGAAUCCUUGCAGAAAGCCAUUCGACAGGUCGCGCCGAAUUACGAUGGCUUUGAUGCCUACAUCAAGCCGGAUGAUCUUGAUCAUGCGCUCUCCGUCCCAACAGACACCCGGCUUUUCGCUAUUGCGCACGCCAUGCUGAACUGCGGUUAUGACGUCGAGAAGCUGCACAGUCUGACAAAGAUUGAUCGCUUCUUCCUGUACAAACUUGACAACAUUGUCCAACUGCAUCGCAAGCUGAAGGAGUUGGGCAGUGUCUCCGCUGUCGACAAGGACUUGAUGAAGCUUUGCAAGCAGCGCGGAUUCUCUGAUCGCCAAAUCGCACAGCUGACCGGCACGAAGGAAGAUCAGGUCCGCAAACACCGCAAAUCGCUCGGCAUAACGCCCUUCGUCAAGCGCAUUGACACUGUGGCAGCCGAGUAUCCUGCGAUGACCAACUACCUCUAUACCACCUAUAAUGCGACCACUCAUGACGUCGAAUUUGACGACCACGGCACAAUGGUCCUCGGAAGCGGUGUCUACCGCAUCGGCUCUUCCGUCGAAUUCGACUGGUGCGCAGUCACUUGCGCGCGUCAAAUUCGGGGAAUGGGUCACAAGACGAUCAUGAUCAACUACAAUCCCGAGACGGUCAGCACGGACUUUGAUGAGGCUGAUCGUCUGUAUUUCGAAGAGCUUGGCUUCGAGCGUGUGAUGGACAUCUACGAACUUGAAGGGUCCAGCGGAGUGGUCGUCUCCGUCGGAGGUCAGCUGCCGCAGAACAUCGCUCUGCGCUUGAAAGAGACUGGAGGUUGCAACGUCCUGGGCACAGAUCCAGUGCGCAUCGAUAGCGCAGAGGACAGACACAAGUUCAGCCAGAUCUUGGACGAUGUUGGUGUGGAUCAGCCAGAAUGGAUCGAGGCGACUUCCGUCGAUGUUGCUAAGGAGUUCGCUGCCAGGGUCACAUAUCCCGUUCUCGUCCGUCCAUCGUAUGUCUUGUCUGGAGCGGCGAUGAACGUCAUCUGGGACGAAAGCACCCUGCAGCACCAUCUGACGGCAGCUGCAGAAGUCAACACCGAAUAUCCAGUCGUCCUGACAAAAUUCAUCGAUAACGCACAAGAAAUUGACAUUGACGCUGUCGCUCACAAGGGCGAGCUCAUCGUUCACGCUGUCUCGGAGCACGUCGAGAAUGCCGGUGUGCACUCUGGUGAUGCUACCUUGGUCCUGCCCCCCUUCUCCCUCGACUCGAAUGAUUUGGCUCGAUUAAAGACGAUUGCUCAGAAAAUGGCGCACGCUUUCCAGAUCAGCGGACCCUUCAACAUGCAAAUCAUCCGCAAGCCUGCAGACGAAAGCAAGGGCGAGACCGAGGCUGCACUGAAGGUCAUCGAGUGCAACGUUCGUGCAAGUCGUUCAUUCCCAUUCGUCAGCAAGGUGUUGGGUGUAAAUUUCAUCGACAUUGCUGCGCAAGCAAUCGUCGGACAGGACGUGCCCAAACCGAUGGACUUGAUGGAGAAGCAGAGAGACUACGUCGCCAUCAAGGUGCCGCAAUUCUCCUGGACCCGUCUAGCCGGCGCAGAUCCUUUCUUGGGCGUGGAGAUGGGCUCGACUGGCGAGGUCGCAUCUUUUGGGAAAGACCUCUACGAGGCUUUCUGGGCUGCGACCGCAUCUCAAACCAACUUCCGCGUUCCCCAGCCCAACACCGGUGUUCUGCUUGGAGGUGACGUGACAAAGCCAGAAUUUGCUCAAAUUGCCAAAAUUUACUACGACUUGGGCUUCAAGCUGUACUGCCAAUCUCAAGAGGUGGAAGAAUACCUGAACAGUCUGCCUCACGUUUCUUGCAAGCGCAUCUGGUUCCCUUUGAAGGACAAGAGAAAGUUGAAGGAGGUGUUCGACGAGUACGACAUCAACAUUGUGGUCAAUCUUGCUCGCUACCGCGGUAAAGACACUUUGGAUGCGGACUACGUUGCGCGUCGCAAUGCCGUAGACUUUGGGCUGCCCAUGUUCAAUGAAGCUCGAGUUGCGCUACUCUUCGCUCAGACCUUGCAACAUCGCAUGCCACUGGGCUGCUUGCGUCAUUGGGAGGAAGGAAAGGUGCCUAGCGAGGUCGUCUCCUGGAAGGAAGUCGUACCCGAAAGCGCUUGAGGCGGAUUCAUAAAGUAAUGAGAAAAUGAGUGUGCCUGCAAAUGUGUAGUUGAAUGGGCAGGGCAAGACGACUCGUCACCUUUGAAUGAAAUGCCAUCAAGUGGGUGGAAAGUCAGCGCAAACGGGGCUAUGCCUGUCAGAUCACAUCCCUUUGCGGACACCCAUGUGAUGUUCAGUAGAAUGCCUGUUACCGCUCCUAGCGAAGGCGAUGCACAACUGAACGCGCGAACACUAGAUAUACGGGUUCAAAGCCAUCCGCAUUGUUUAAUUCCAGAAAGAAGAGCGGCG